AUUGCUUCCUGGGAAUGAAAAAUGGCGACGUUGACACCCCUUAUCGCCGGUUAAGUAAGUAAUUUUAUUUAAUUUCUUUUGUUCUUUGAGGUUUUCUGGAAUACAUACGCUCGAAUGUGUUGCUCUCUUUGAGACUUAAUUCAUCCCUCCAUGAUGAUUCAUAUUGAUUAGGAAAUAUCUUAGUGUGAUUUUUAAAAAUUCGGCCUAAAACUACUUAAACAGCAAAUUAAAUAAUAAAGUAACAGUAAAAAUACUAAAAUUAAAUUUUUAGUUACUUAAGAGUCAACUUCUCCACUAUGACUACAGGUAUAUUCAUACUUUUUGAACUUUCUAGACUCUUUUAUUUAAUUACUUAUAUCGAUUUGUCUCCUAGUGGGCCUACUAGCCUAUACUAUAAUUAUAAUAAACUAUUUACCAAAACCUGUGACUAUGAUAGUGAUAGUAUUAGUAUGAAUACUAAAUACUAUGAUUAUGAAUAUAAUGAAAGCAAUGAAUCAAAUGAAAAUGAGAACUGGUGGGAUUAGGACUCAAGUAGCCUAAGUCUAAGUAGGAGGCAUUAUAAUUAAUAAUAUUAUAAUGAUGUCAAUUUUUAAGUGCAAGUCCAGGCCUAGGUAGUCUACCUCACCUUCCAUAAUCUCAUAUUUGCCGUACCAUUGACAAGUGCAUAUAAUAAAUGCUUUAUUAAAUUAAAACUGUAAAAAUCUUCCUAUAACUAAUAAGUAUAUAUCAUAUACCAGCCUUAACAAGUCUGAAAAUGGUGGCAUAAGGCAAGGCAAAGUAUUAACUGAUGGUGUAACCUCAGCCCCCACCCCCUUUUUUUUCCCACAAGCUCAAAUUAAUUUUUGUACAAGGAACAAGGUAAGUUGUAAAGAAAAGGUUUUAUAAUGAAAUGCCUCCCUCCAGUGUUUCUUUUCUCAUUCAUUGAUUUGCAAACGUAUCUAUAGCACUACAAAAAGUUUUUUUCUGCCCACUACCACCAGAUUGGAAAAAACUCUUCAGUUGACCAAAAAUGCUGCCCUCUCCACAUCCCCCUUCCUUCAAAAGUGUGGGGGGUUUUUCUAGGCAGUGGCAGUGUGGAUCAUCUUGUAGUAGGCCAAUAAGGGGUUUAGGUGGUCCAUGGUUUGUCAGAUUUAAUUUGAUAGGAGAUACUUAUACUGGUUAGCUGACAACUAAGUUGACUUUGCUUUCAUUCAAUAAUUGAUAGACAUUGUUAAUGAUUAUAAUUAUAUUUUAUUGGACAGACUUGAUUUGCUUUAUUAGUAAUGUGUUUGUUCUUAUGUUCACUUCCCUAUGCCUAUUGACAUAUAUUUCAUUAUUUGCCCUCUAAUGGUCUCUUUGUAACUCACCAUUUAUUGACCGAAAAAUGGUAGCAAAGAUGUAACAAAAAUUUGCAUUAACUUUUUUUAAAAACUCCCCAAAAAUCUAGACUUCAGACAUCAUUAAUGGAUGCACGAUAAUAACUAUGAAACAUACAAAAAUGCUAUUCCAAUUGCAUUGAAUUUAAUGCACAAAAAUAUUAGAUUGUCAUUGGGAGGGCAUAUUUGUAUUAAUGAUUGACAAUCAUAUUGAUCAUAUUGUGUCAUUAGACAUUGUUGUUUGUUUUGAUAGACUCAAAACAGCCAUCAUCAUAAUUACUUAUGAUUAUGCCAUGCCUAGACAAUCUAAAUUAGGCCCAUUUGGUGUCUUUCUGAAUUCUAAUUUCUGUAAAAUGUCCCAAAACAUGUCUGUAUUUACUGUGAUAUAUUGGUUGUAUCAUUGGGUUGGGCUAUUCUUCUAUUUUAAAAACGUCAACAUGCUGAUAGCAAAUACCUAGGUCUAAUGAAUAACCAAUCAAUUAAUUUCAAAUGCUUCUUUUUUUAAUAUGUUACAAAUAAUUAUCAGAGUACACUUGUUCAUUCUUCCCACAAUGUUUAUUAAAAGAUGCCUCUGAAGAGGAGCUAGCAAGCUUGUAAUUAAUAAAAAGGGCUCAAGCAAUACAAUCACUAAUCUGGUUAAUGAUUGAAGCUAGAUUAAAAUAUUACUAAUGAUUGAAGCUAGCUUACAAUAUUACUGUAAGACUCCUAAAACGCUAAAUUUUAUCCUAACUUCAAUUUACUUUAACAGUAUGAUAGUUGGUAUGAAAAUAAGUAAUUCAGUGGAUAUGUAUACUUGGAGUUCUUUGGUUUUGCUGCAGUGAAAAUUAAAAUAGCAACAAUAUCUACGUUGAAUUGAUUUAAUGCUGGACAUGGCUUACACUUACGUUUAGUUGGCCUAAAUUAAAACAUUUUAAGCAAUCCAUUUAACAUUUACUUAGAGCCUUGUUGAUGACGGUUUCAUUUUCUAAGAGCUUUUGAAAAUCAUGUCUAUUAAUAACAAUUCAAAUUUUCAUUCUUCAGUUUCAUCUAGUAUCCAGGGUGACUUGAUUUGCUGACUUUAAAUCAUAAACCAUUCACAAUGAUUGGAGGGCUGUUUAUUUACAAUCACAAGGGAGAAGUACUGAUCUCCAGAGUAUUUCGUGAUGAUAUUGGGUGAGAAUGGUGUUCACUUAUUGUAUAAGACUUUUAAUUGCUGAAUUGUUUUCUCUCAGUUCACAUUAAGGUUUCAUUUUAAGCGACAUUUUUUUUAUGGUAAUUAUUUUACAUACAAAUAAUACCUUCUCGGCUUUUGUUGAUUGUACGUUGGGUACUAAUGUUUAUAAACAUCUGUUUGUACACAGGCGCAACGCUGUGGAUGCCUUCCGGGUCAAUGUUAUUCAUGCACGCCAGCAGGUGCGCUCCCCCGUAACCAACAUCGCCCGGACCAGUUUCUUCCACAUUAAGAGAUCUAACAUCUGGGUGGCGGCUGUAACCAAGCAGAAUGUCAAUGCUGCCAUGGUCUUUGAGUUUCUCCACAAGAUGUGUGAGGUCAUGGCCGCCUAUUUUGGGAAGAUUUCGGAGGAAAACAUCAAGAACAACUUUGUGCUCAUUUAUGAGAUUUUGGAUGGUGAGUGUGAGGCUGCUUGAGUCAAAUUUUUAAUUGUACUUUGAUAUUUAUUGACCUGCGUUGCUUACAUUUUGGACGCUGGUGAAAUUCUAAACUAAGAUGGAGAUAUUUAUUAAUAUAUCAUCUAAUAGCAUUUCAGCUUUUUAAGUUAUAGUUAUUGGAAGCUUUUUCUGUAAAAAAAAAAAAAAUGUAAUUAUUUUGCAGUUGUACAUCUAGACUAUACAUUUUUGAAUACUGAUUUUUAAAAGAUCCGUGCCUAAUAAUGUAAUUAAGGUAUUUAAUAUUUUAUUACUUGUCUGCUAUAACACUCUCAUUCAAUAUUUUCAGAGAUCUUGGACUUCGGCUAUCCUCAGAAUACUGAUGUCGGCAUCUUGAAAACAUUUAUUACUCAACAGGGUGUUAAGUCUCAGGUAUGCCUAAUGUUGUUUUUUUUAAAUAUAUGAUCUUGUCAUUUAAAAUCUUUUCUAAAUUCAGCAUGCCCAUCAAUAAGUAUUAUUAUUAUUUGAAUUAUGAAUUUUAAAAUAAUUUUAGUGUUUAUUCCUUAUGUUGUUUUAUUUUUAAAAUUAGACAAAAGAAGAGACUGCACAAAUCACAUCCCAGGUGACUGGACAAAUUGGGUGGAGAAGAGAGGGUAUUAAAUACAGGAGAAAUGAACUUUUCUUGGAUGUUUUGGAAUCUGUUAAUUUACUCAUGUCCCCUCAAGGUAUAUAUGAGAAGAAACAAACAGCUAGUGCAUUUACAUGCAGUAACAUUACAGAAAUAAAUAUCCAUUUCAGGUAUAAUAUUAAACAUAAAACAGUGAGAUUUUCUUACACAGCUACACUUAGUUUGUCUGAACAACUCUUUUUGAUAUCUUUUCCAUACAUGCAUUGCUAGCUGAUGUAGCCAAUUGUCAAUUUUUUUUAUAUAGGCCAGGUGCUUAGUGCUCAUGUGGCUGGCCGCAUUGUGAUGAAGAGUUACCUUAGUGGGAUGCCCGAGUGUAAAUUUGGCAUCAAUGAUAAAGUUCUCAUGGAGAGCAAAGGGAAGAGCAGUUUGGAUGACACGGCUCGUGGUGGCGUGUAAGUAUGCGCAGUUUGUGAAGCUCACUAUUAUUUGAGAAUUAUUUCUUUUCUCUGCAAAAUUUAGUUGUUUUUUUUCCUUUUGAAAUGUCAUUUUAUGAGCACCAAUGUUUCUUUUUUUGGGAGCAACAAUGUGAUUUUAUGCCUUUGUCUUUGCAUUAGCACCGCUGGCAAGACAUCUAUAGCUAUUGAUGACUGCCAGUUCCACCAAUGUGUCAAGCUAAGCAAGUUUGAAACGGAACAUAGCAUCAGCUUCAUUCCUCCUGAUGGCGAGUUUGAGCUUAUGAGGUGAGCAGACAUGAGUUUUUUGUUUUUUUUAAUGCGCCAAGUUCACUUGUUGCUCGAGCUGUUGGAUUCUGUGAAAAUAAUUUAGAGUACAGGGUAUAAAGGUGUAAGCCUUUUCAAAGGCCGAUGUGUGAAAAAGAUUUUUUUUAUUAUUUAAACUCUGGUGUGAGUUUAACAACAGCAUCUUUCUCUUUUGUGAAGUGUUUGAUGAUCUUAGUAAUUUUUUUUUUAAUUUCAUAGUGGCAUGAUUGUGGAGAAGAUGGCAAUGUACUUGGGAAUUACUGAUUACUGAUACAACAAUCUUGCUGUCAUAAAUUCUUUUUUUUUUUUAUUAUUAUAAAGAAUUUUUAAAAAACUAGCAUAUUAUCAAAAUGUAGAUUCAUGGAUUCUAAAACCUUUUUUAAAAAACAAAAAAAGCUCUCUGAAGGAAAUUGUGUCUGCUGUAUAAGGCUUUUAGCUGAAGCGUUCUCAUUUUAUUUGUCCUGUCUUUAUAUUUCAAGCCCCGCUGACUUUGCUCCACUAUUUCCUUGAUAUUUCUUAUAGCAGAAUUUCUCCAGUCUUUUAUGUUUUUUAUUUUCAAUUAUUUAAAACUUAAAACAGCACUUUCUAUGAGCGAUGUGUUCGUUUUUUUCUUCAAAUUUUAAUCUUUGCUCCUCUAAGGUAUCGAACAACUAAAGACAUCAGUUUGCCAUUCCGUGUGAUCCCUUUGGUUCGUGAAGUGGGACGUCAGAAGAUGGAGGUCAAAGUUGUUGUCAAGUCCAAUUUCAAACCUUCCCUGCUGGCCCAGAAAGUGGAGGUAUAUUUUUAAUUGAGAAAUAAUUACAAAUAAUAUUUUAAUAAUACAUUAAACUCAUUUUAAAAAAAUUGAAAAAUUUUGAGACAUUGUUAAUUUUAUUUGACAUAAUUUUUAAUUUUAUUUGACAUAAUUGAUUUGUUGUUAGGUUCGCAUUCCAACACCUCUUAAUACCAGUGGUGUCCAAGUCAUUUGUAUGAAGGGCAAGGCCAAAUACAAGGCUAGUGAAAAUGCCAUUGUGUGGAAGUAAGUGUAAUAUUUUUUACCCUUGACACCUUUGUUUCCAAUUAAACGGUGGGAUAUUUAGAAAUAAUAUGACACCGUACUUGUAACUUGUUCCUCAUUGGUAAGGUGAAAUAUGAAAUAAUAUCGGGGGUGGGGGUGUUGUCAGUGUGCACGCUGUUGCAACCAGCAGGAAUGAGUUAAAAUUGCAUUUAGUAUUACAAAUAUGGUGAUUAGUAUUACAAAUAAAUAUGCUUAACCACUUAAAGAAAGGGAUGGUUCCAAGCUAAAUUCACUAAUGGCUAAUAAAUUAAAUAUACUCAGUUCGGUUUAAGUAACUAUAUGCUUUUGGUUUAAGUAACUAUGCUUUCUCUGGAUAUAUUUGGAUAGAGACACUAAGCUAUAAAGUCUUAUUGUAAACCCUAAUUGUUUUUAUCCUAGAAUAAAACGUAUGGGUGGCAUGAAGGAAUGUCAGCUGAGUGCAGAGAUUGAGUUGUUGAAUACUAGUGACAAGGGAAAGAAAUGGACCAGGCCUCCAAUCUCAAUGAACUUUGAGGUAAAUAGACAUUACAAUUCUGUUAAAAUAGAUACGAAAUAUAUUGCAAAAGUAAAGUCAUCUUUUUUUUCAUCUUCUGCUUAGCUCAUAUCAAAUGUUUCUUGUCUUAGUGAAGUGUGACAAUAGUAACCAGGGAUAAAUGCUAUUCCUUGAACUAAUUACAUGGUUUUACAUAAACUAAAAUUCUAGUUUUUAUAAGAAAAUUAACUUAAUUGUUUGUGAGGAAAAAAGCUCGACAAUAUUUACAAAUAAGUGAUAACUACCUGCUAUCAAAUAUUUUCAUAUUAUUAUAAAGGAUCACCAUCAAGUGUUCCUAUUGCCUUAUCAUGAGAAGUGAUCAAUUUAAAUAUUCUUAUUACCUUCUCAUAAGAGGGGAAUACAUUAAAAAAAUAAAUUACUAAUUUUUACUCUAACCUUGAUGUAGUCCUGUGCAUAGCAUAAAAAAAUAUUUUCUUAUUUUAUCAUUUCUAGGAUAAAUUAUAUCUUCAAUGCAAAUGGAAAAAUGAAUUCUAUUGAAAUACUGGAGUUGUUUUUGUAUGUUACUUGUAGCUAUGUCUUCCAAGCAGUGUUGCAUAUAGCACUGGAUGAAACUCUCUUUAAAACCCUCACACAUGUUUUCUCACAGGUUCCAUUCGCUCCAUCAGGAUUUAAAGUUCGCUACCUGAAGGUUUUUGAGUCCAAGAUGAACUACAGUGACCAUGAUGUCAUUAAGUGGGUGCGCUAUAUUGGCCGCAGUGGGCUUUAUGAGACAAGAUGCUAAUAUAAUCUACUGGACUUAAUGAGGCAACAUGCUCAUAUAGGACUAAGAAAUUAGGUUCAAUAUAUAUAUUUAUUUAUCUGUCCAUUCCCAUUAUUUUUCUGCAAUGGUCUACUUAAGAAAAGUUAGGGCACUUUCCAAGUUUGGGUAAGGUUAAAAAACUUCAUAGUUAGAAGUGUUAGAAUGGUUGUAAUGUCACAACAAAGUGAGCUCAAAGCGAUAUAUAACCAAUGAGUGGUUAGUUUAGUUGAUCGUUGGCUGUGGUACUCUUAAAACAAGGUAACUGAUUUCAUGCUGUCUGCGUUGACUAAUGAGAUUCUAAAACUACAGAUUGUUCCCAUUUUGAAGGGCGGAAGAUUUUUUAAUUGAACUAUUCUCUGUGUGUCGUUACUUCAGUGUAUCCUAGGCUAGUUCUUGGUCUGUUUCCUAAGUGUUAUGCAGGAAAUUUAGAUGUUUGAUUGUAAAGAUGUGUAGUUUAACAGAAUUUGAACAACUUGAGACUGAGACACUGUGUGUUGUGUCUGUAGGUGCCCUGUGGUUAUGAUUUGAGAAUUAGAUUCACUGUGUAGCUCAGAAUUGUUGUAGUAAGGGCAACUGUCUUGACCUGCGCUGUGCCCAGAUGAAUGGAUGUUUUACCUGACCUGUUUUAUUUGGGGACCCAAUCAUAUCUUGUUUUUAUUUCACUUUGUCAGUGUGUGUGUCUGUAGACACGAGUCGCUUCAUAGCAUCAGGUGUGAAGCAUUCUUUUAAUGAUGGCGAGUAUUGGAUCAUUCUAUUUUGAUGAUGUCAUUAAAAAUAUAUUUAAUGGUUUCCACUCACCUUUAUAUUUGGACAUUGUUUACAGUCAUUUAGAAUGUUAGAAGCCAUUUUCUAUUUCCCAUGAGCAUUAUUUCAGCUUGACUUCAGUCCUCUCUACAUCAAUUAACGUAAAGUUAAUUUGCUUACUUCCCUUUUAUUUAACUCCCUUAUUAAAAAAAAAGAAAUUAGAAUUUAUUUAUUUUUUUCCUUAUGGAUUUUUAUUUUCAUUGCUGUCUUGUAAUAAAAGGAUAUUACCACUAAUAAGACUUAACAUUUUUAUCACUUCCUAUCAAAUCCAUUCCUAAUUUUUAACUUGCUAACCAAGAAAAAAAACUAAGCGGCUGUUGGUGGCAGUUGAUGAAUACUUCCCUUGUGUACAUUGUGCAAUACUCAUAUGACAUAUUUCGUUACCUUUGCUAGGGGACUGUUUCUAAAUCAGCGCUCUGCGUGUUUACUCAGUCAAAUCUAAUGCUGAAGUAUUUUUAUGUUGUUUUUUUUCCUCUUUCUCAAGACUACACAAAAUUUGAAGCAUAAACUCCUUUAUAUGCCACCAUAUCUCUUGUAAUGAGAUUAGAAAAGAGUUAAAGUUACACAAUUGGAGCACUGUACAUUUUUUGUUUAUGUUGCAACCAGUUAACAUACAAGUACUUUUUCUACAAUGAUAAGACUUAAUCAGUGCACUGUGUCUAGAUUGAUAGAAUUCUCACAAGAUAAAAAUGUAUUUUACUGAAUAAUAGCAUUGUCUUUUUGUUUUUAAUUUCCUUAUAGAAACUUUGAACCAUGUACAUUUCUACUGCAUAUUAUUGAUGUAAUUCCCCGUGUACAUUGUGGCUAUGACUACACCUUGACUUAUCAAUGUUCUGUGUAUUACAUGCAUUUAUAUAACAUAGUUAUUAAAUGAUUUCAUCAUACCUGCCUGAGGUUGUCUAUCAAUAAACUGAAAUAAGCUGUUCUACAAGUUACAAGCCUGCUUUGACUACCACAGGCUGGUUUAGAAAUUAGAUAGUGCGCUUGUUCUUGGGGAUUACUUAACCAGCAAAUGGAAAAGUAUUUGAAAAAGUCGCAUAUUAAAGAUACUGAGUAUUAAUGUGUUAAAAUGGAAAGAAGAAAAGAAGGAUUGUUAGUGAAUUAUGAACAGAGAUGUGGAGGUUAUCGAGACAGUCUCAGAGGUGCUCCUCAAGGGCUCUGUGCUACUGCUAGUGUUGCUGUCACUUGAUAUUUUAACUUGGAAGUGUAUCAAAGACGCCCCUUACCCUACACAACAUGUUUUCUACACCUUUUUGCAUGUGCAAUCUGUGGUAUCUGAUCAUUUCAGUAGUUCUGUUACAUCUACUAUCUAUAAUGUCAAAAUUGAUAUAUUAUUAAUAUUAUCGUUAAUAAUCAUUUUCAUCUAAUGAUUUCAACUUUUGUUUCCACCCUCAGAAUAGUUUAAG